UCCCUUUAAGGGUGAGUCACGCGACCGAGCAGGACCCUUUAAUCGGGUCACGUGAGCGCUCGAGGCUGCGAGAGAGAGAGAAGAGUUGGAGGAGGAGGGAUGAGUUUCCUAGGUGGUUUGUUUACUCCAGUAUGCGACAUCAAUAUUGUUCUCAAUGAUGCCGACACAAGGAAAACUGCAGAAAUUAAAAGUGAAGAUGGUAAAAUAGAGAAACAUUAUCUGUUUUAUGAUGGCGAAUCAGUAACUGGGAAGGUAAACCUGACCUUUAAACAGCCAGGCAAGCGUUUGGAGCACAAAGGAAUUCGGAUUGAGUUUGUUGGGCAGAUUGAACUGUUCAGUGAUAAGAGCAACACACAUGAGUUUGUGAACCUGGUGAAGGAGCUGGCUUUGCCUGGAGAACUGACACAGAGCAGAACCUAUGAAUUUGAAUUCAUGCAGGUGGAAAAGCCAUACGAGUCAUAUAUUGGAGCCAAUGUCAGACUGAGAUAUUUUCUGAGAGUGACAAUAGUGCGGAGCUUAAGUGACCUGGUAAAGGAAUAUGAUCUGAUUGUGCACCAGCUUGCCACAUACCCAGAUGUCAACAACUCCAUCAAAAUGGAAGUGGGCAUUGAAGACUGCUUACACAUAGAGUUUGAAUAUAACAAGUCAAAAUAUCACUUGAAGGAUGUAAUUGUCGGUAAGAUCUAUUUCCUGUUGGUGAGAAUCAAAAUCCAACAUAUGGAACUUCAGCUAAUCAAAAAGGAGAUCACCGGUAUUGGGCCCAGCACAACCACAGAGACAGAAACUAUUGCCAAGUAUGAAAUAAUGGAUGGAGCUCCUGUUAAAGGUGAAUCUAUUCCGAUCAGGCUCUUCCUGGCAGGUUAUGAUCUGACCCCAACAAUGAGGGAUGUCAACAAGAAAUUUUCUGUGCGCUACUUUUUAAACCUCGUUCUAGUUGAUGAAGAAGACAGACGAUAUUUUAAACAGCAGGAGAUCGUACUGUGGAGGAAAGCUCCUGAGAAGUUGAGGAAACGGACUAAUUUCCAUCAACGUUUGGAAUCACCAGAGCCACAGGCCUCCGCUCAGCAGCCUGAAAUAUGAGGGAAGAGUAAGCGAGGUGACAGUCUCUUUCAGAGUUGCCACAGACAUGGUCGCUGUGCACAAUCCCAUGGUUUCUUUGUGAUAUUAAACUUUCUGCAGAUCACUAACAGUUUCUCAAACACUGGAACUCUAAAGCUAGCUUUUUAUACUGCACAUUUUGCAAUUUUUGUUCAAACUUGUGCACUAAAAAUCUACACUGAGCAAGAUGUUGGUGUGUUGGUUCUGUAUGUAUUUGUGCGUGGAGGUGGAUUUAUUUAAGCCUGGGAAUUACAUUUGUUGUACAGAUGCUUAAUUGGUUCGGAAUAGAUUCCACUUCCUCCAUUUCAAGCAUACAGGUUAAUGCUUGUCGAUGAGAAGGGUCAUCAGGAAUGUAUGUUUAUUGUUUGUAUAUUUCCAGCCGGUUACACGGUGAAAUUUGGUGAUGGCCCUGUUUACACUAAUGUAUAAUUUUUGUUUUUGCUUUGUAUAAAUAAGUGGCACGUUCCAAUUCCUAGCAGUGCUCCAAGCAGCAAAACAAGUUCUAUAAACACUCUCUGUCUCUCUGCAUUGAAGACACAGCAGUGGGUGAGUUAAACUAUGCCCAGAGCCUAGUUUUUAUCACCCUGCAUCCCUUUCCCCUGACACUCUUUCAAACAUGCUGGAACUUCCACCUCAUUCACUGAGAAGUAGGCAUUGUUCUGGGGCGUGUAUUCUGACCUGUGUGGAAAUGCAGUUACUGACGGUGCGGGUACAAUGUAGGAGUAAAGUUUCCUGUCUCCCAACGUUUUCCUGUAAAGUGCCUGAACAGUUUAAAGCCAGUUAAUGCCAAAUAUUUUCCUGCAUGUCUGUGUCUGAUAUCAAAAGUAAAUGGCAAUAUUUUAAGUACUGUUAUUUCAGAUGUAUUAUACCAUCCUGGAAAAUGUACCUCUGUAUAUUCAAUAAAGUCUUUGCCAGUGUAUCCAA